AUGCUCAACAACCCUGUAGUGGAGACAUUCGGCAUGGUUUAUCAUUCUUGUAGUCACAUAGGUAAUGCAGCAGACAUUCUCACCUGCGCCAUCAUCGUCCCCAUCCUUCCUUACCGCCUCCAAGAUCUGGGCUACUCCGACAUCUCUACCCUGACCUCCUGGAUUCUUUUAGCAUACUCGGGCGGUAUCGUCUCCUGCACGCUGCCUGUAUCGUACAUCUUCCACAGGCAUCCCUACCGCCGCUGGCCCUUGGUGGGUGCGGUGAUUGGUAUGCUUUUGGCGAUGGUUCUGUUCAUGCUGGGAAAGCUGUAUCUGAUGAGAUAUGGUUCUGAGCAUAUUUAUUCAAGGAGCUUGCAGUACAGUGGUGUGGACGGUGGGCUUUUGCCUCAUGCUCCGCCGAUCGCUGGGGCUCUCUACGACAGAUUGGGCUGGAAUGCCCCCUUCAUAUCCUGCAUCAUCGUCCUUUCUGUCGACCUUCUACUCCGUCUCUUUGUACUCGAGCGCUCCGAUAUACGCAAGUUUCAUGAAAAGCCUCUGUUCCUCCGGCCUGGUACUCUCAAGGCUCGGCUAGUGGAUGGGAGAAUUGUGACUUCGGACGACCAGGGGUUCAAGGACGUGGGGUUCACCGAGUUGACCAAGGCGGAACAAGAUACGUUGUAUGGGGUGGAGCUCAAGCCGUGGGAGGUGCUGGGAGCCUCGAUCAAAUCUCCCAGAGGUAUGACGGCGUUUGCGUCCAUAUUUGUGUAUGGUCUGAUUGGCGGAGCUCUGCAGCCAACUCUCACUCUCCGCGUUCAAGAGCGCUGGAACAGGAACUCGGAGUUUGUUGGCCUCAUAUACUUGGCAGCUGCGGCCCCCACCCUCAUUGCCGGGCCUAUCGUAGGCGCUCUUUCAGACAAGUUCGGCGCGGAAAUGAUCAUGUUGCCUUGUAUGAUCUUACUUUUGCCUUGGCCGCCUUUGCUCCUCCUCAGAAACAGUCUCGCUGAACUCAUAGUCUACUCUGUUUUCGUCAACUUGUUUUCUACUUGCGCGAUGAACCCGAGUGGGCUGGAGGCCACUAUGGUAGCCAGAAAUAUUCAAGGUGUCAGUGAAAUUCAUCAAUUCGGUGCUAUGGAGAUCGCUUUCGGCACCUUGGCCGGUGGUCAGUUCUACCACAAGAUCCCCAAUCAUCAAGGAUGGACUGCCGUCAUCUGGUUCAUCUUUGGUGUCUCGGUCGUCGUCAUGCCGAUGAUGUUCUGCUUGGCCGGAGAACCAGAACUGACUUUGGCCAUGCGGCUGUUUGGGAGAUGGGACUGGAAUCUCGGCCAGGGGAUAGAGCAACGAGAGAAGAGGAAGAACAGGCACGAGAGCUUCAACGAGAUUCCGUAG